AGUGGACGUAGUUAUAAACUAGAGUUAUUCCGCCACUGAAAAUAAAGUGAUGUUGUGUUAUCGCUUGUUCGUCAGAAAAUUGUUUGCGCUGUUCCCGCUGUUAAUACUAUUUUGGAUUUUUUAUAUAAUUUACACGUAUCAUACUAAAAUGAACUUUAUACGAGCAAACCGAAAGGACAAAUCUCAUUUAAGUCACAAAAACAUGAAAUAUGUACUUCAAUGGACUCGCAGGUUCAGUGCACCGUUUGAUUGGAUGGGCGAAGGUAACUCAGCCUUUGUUAAAUACAAAUGCAAAUACACAAAUUGUUACGUGACAGACGAUAGAAGUUAUUUUCUUGAUCAAAAGGACUUCGAUGCAAUUGUCUUUAACGGAAGGGAUGUCAUACACCUUUGGCCCUUCCAAAUGCCAUCUCAGCGAUCACCUAGACAAAAAUUCAUAUUCGGCGCAAUGGAAUCACCUGACAAUUUUCCCGCGUGUGAUAAAAAUUUAGACGGAUUCUUUAAUUGGACAUGGACUUAUAAAUUGGAUUCAGAUAUACGAUGGGGGUAUAUAGCUAUCUAUAAUAAAAAUGGCCAGCUCGUUGGUCCCAAAAUAGAUAUGGUGUGGCCGAAGAUGACACCUGUCAGCGAUGGCUUAAAGUCUAAAUUGAAGAAGAAGACUAAGGCGGUUGCGUGGUUUGUGUCCCACUGUUCAACAAAAAGUGGAAGAGAACAUUAUGUUUCAAGGCUGAAUAAUGAGCUAGAAGCAUUUGGCUUAUCUGUGGAUAUUUAUGGGAGCUGUGGCAGCUUAACUUGCCCAAGAACAAACGAGAAAUCUUGCUUCAAAAUGAUUAAAGACGAUUACCAUUUCUAUCUGUCUUUUGAAAAUUCGUUCUCCGAAGACUAUGUAACAGAAAAAAUGUUAACAGCCUUAAACAAUUAUGCUGUUCCUAUUGUUUUUGGAGCUGCUGUUUACAAGAGAUUUCUACCGGAUGGCAGUUACAUAGACGCAAGAGCCUUAGGUCCAACAGCACUUGCAAGCGAGAUAAAUAGCAUAAUAGAAAACAAGACGAAGUUUUACGAUUUCUUUCGAUGGCGCAACCAUUUGGUAUACAAAGGUACUGAUGGACCAGAUGUUUGCAACCUCUGUGAGAUUCUCAAUGACGAAGAGAAGGUGCAACAAGUCAGUGUGUGGAAAGACUUCAGGGUGUGGUGGAAUGGUGCACGUUAUAAGGAUAACUGUUUUUAGGGAUAAAUGUGGAACGAAUAUAGUGUGUUAUAAUUUUAAAUUCUUACCAAUAAAGAAAUUUAUUAAGAUAUCAAAUGAAAACCCAUCUCUCUCUUACGGCUCUUUAAAUAACCAAGGAAUCAAAGUAUAUUUUCUAAAUUAAAUGAGCUUAUUUCAUAAAAAUGUCGAUACGCGAUCCGCGUGUUAGCGCCAUAUAACAUAUUAGCGGCUUUGCUCCGAGCGAAAAGAAUAGCCUUCGCCGGAGAAAGCGGAGCCUAUGGCGGCCUGUAGAGGAUCAUUAUGUUUCAAUGAUUUUACGAAAUAUUGUUUCACGACGUAACGUUUUUGAUAAUAAUUUUAAAUAUCGGUUUUUUGUUUAGCCUUGUAAGGACAUACGUUUUAAAUCAAUAUUUUUAAAUAGUUGUAUAAUUGUCAUGGAUAACAUUAAUAAAUUCUGUUUAAAUCCUGUGUAAAUUUUUGGUAGCGUUGUGAUAGCGACUUAGCCAGCGACAUUACAAAUAUCAAGCCUAGGUUUUUCAGAAACAUUGAUGGAAUUUAUUAUUUAUAGAAACAAUCUGCGUCUUCCCCUUACUCGCACAAUUUUAUUGUCAGCGUAUGUAAAAUCUGAAAAUCAUUAAUUAUCUUUAGACUUAGCUUUAGAAAAGAACAAAAUGUAUUUUAAUAAUAUAAUAUAUACCUACUAAGUCCAAUUUACAAGCGUUAUUAUCAUAUUAAUAAUGUAAGUAAGACUCUGUCCUAAUAUAAUAAAUACUUCAUUAAAGUUAACACAAAAUCAUGGAUUUAUCUUGUAGUCUGUUUUAGAUCUUCAAAGAGAUGUUAAUUUAACUACCUACUCACUCCGAAAUCGAAAAGCGAAUUUUGGAUACGAUUUCUUUAACUAAAGAUCACAUUUUGGCUACAAGUGUGUGUAUAUUUUGGUUUACGCUUUUAUUUAUUUACUAAAAUAUGUAUUUUAUCUAAGACUGAUUAGUAAUGGUUUUAUUUUAUGGACUGCCCCAGUCCAA